AUGAAAAAAAACAAUUAAUCUACGAUUACAGAUAUUCAUUUUGAGAAACUCUAACGACCAGAUUUGUUGUAUACGAGAAAUCAACAAACCAGCCAACAAUGCAUACAAUUAUUAUUGAAGGAUCCAACCAUACGGCUAGAAUAAGAGAAUGAGAAGUUAGGUUAAUUGUUGAGAGGACACGAAUUCUUUAGAACCUCUGACAAUGAAUUUCUUAUAGAGUGUUGUCAAGUAAGUCUUUUCAUCAUGCGAUAGUUGAUGAGAUUCGAAUAGUUCCAAAAAAAUUAAGUGAUAUUCUCAAAAAAUUAAUUGGAUUAAAAUAAACUGAUAAUCAUUUUGUCAGGGGAUGUAGUUUUUAACAAGGGAAACCAAGAGAUGAUUCAUCUGAAACACUUUGGAUCGAAUCUCCUUAUUUUUGGAAGUGAAUGCUAUUCUGACAUAUCAGAUUGGAAUGUUACAUCUAAAACUGCCUGUAAAGUCGCAGCAAUUUCAAAGCAUGACUUCAGAGUCAAUCUAAUGACUUUUGAAGUUAGUCGCAUAACUAAGGAGAUCUCCCAAUUGUAUGCCUUCCCAAUCUUCAAGAAUGUCCCUUACGCCUAAGUGCGCAAGUUCUAUGCCAAUUCCAUGUCGCAGAUAUUCCAAUGCCUAGAUAUCGUUUAUUUAUAGGAGCAGAUGAUCAAAUAAAUUUAUUUGGUUAUAAAAGGGAUUUUCGAAUUAAGGGAACUAGAAAAAGGAGUUGCAAAAGCAGUUCACAUCUUCACAUAAGGACAAUUGAUUGGAGAAAAUGAAUUGAACAAUAAAACGUCAUUGUGUAAUGGAACUGCCUUUUGCAUUAGUGAGGAAGGUCAAUUACUAAUCUUUGAUUAUGAUUAUUUCAAGGACAAGGUAUUGCCUUCUAUUGAGGACAAUCUCCCAAAUAAACUCAAAACUCAAGGAUCAAAGAAUGAGAAAUUCUUCAACAACAAGAUAUCCUUGACUGGGGAGAUCAUGAUCAAAAAACCUCUUUCAAGACAUUAUAAUUUUAGGAAAAGUCAUGAAGAUCUUGAUCUAUAACAGAGACAACCGAUUGUGUAAAAGAACAAAAUACGAUCGACUCAUUCAAUCAAUUCAAUCCAUCAAUCCCAAUCGAACAAUUCAGAAGAACUAAACGAAUCACUAAUUAAUAAUUUUAAUUGUUUUGCCAACCCUGCUUAGGUUACUCAGUCUAUUAAAUAAAAUAGAUUGAGAAGAAAUACUCAGAAAUCGAUCCAUUUUUCUAAUGAAUAGAUUAGAUCAUAGAUCAUUAACAGUCCUGUUCGUUCUACUGUGAAUAAAUCGAGUUCUUAGUAAUUCAGUCUUUAGAGAUUGAAGGAAGAUUUUUCUAUUAAGAGAUCGUAGCAAUAAAUGAAUUUGAGGAUGCCUCUGAAGAAUGAGUUGCUCAAUAAAUUUUUGAAUAGAAAGGAGGAAUAUGGAGACUUAGUAACUAAAAAUAGAAUGAGAAGAACUCUCUCGUAAACUUCAAAUGUGAAAAAAACUGUAUAAAUAAACAAAUGA